AUGGCCGAGGGAGAAAGUGUGGCAAAAUUCGCUAGUAGAAUCGAAGAGUUAUAUUAUAAACUCUGCGCGGCAAGUACGGUAGGUCUAUCUCAGGCCGAGGCAGAUAUAGUGAAAAAACAAACAAAGAAACAGGCAAUGAUCAUAUUUAUGACAGGGUUACCUCAUCACCUAUAUACAGUACUGAAAAGUCGAAAUCCCAGUACAUUGGAACAAUGUUUCAAAACGGCGAUCGAUGAGAUGCUCGAAUAUGAGUCAAAAGUAGAAAUGGACAAAUUGCAGAGACAAAUUGGUAAUGGAAAACAGGCAGACGUCAAUAACGAGGAAAAACGACAAAAUGGUGGUAAUGCAAAUAACGCAGUUAAUCGCGGAGGAAACAGUAAUUCAAAUCAAAGCAAUAGAAAUAAUAAUUUCAACGGAUAUAACAACAGAUAUGUUAAUCACAACAACCGCAAUAAUUAUGGGAAUAAUAAUCAGAGCGGAUAUGGCUCACACAUGGUUAAUCGCGGCGGUUAUCGAGGCGGAAACGGCUACGGACGGAAUUUCAAUACCAAUAAUGUACAACAAAAUAAUAUUAACCGAGGCACCGGAUGCUACACUUGUGGCAGAUUUAAUCACAUAGCACGAGAUUGCUGGAGCAAUCGACCUAAUGCGCAACAAAAUACGUAA